CCACCACCACGGAAGAAAUCCCCAGCCCCCUCUUGCUUGUUUUUUUCUCCCUCCACGCCACUUUCUAGACAUGUCUCGUGUUUUCCGUGUCCAGCCCUUCCUCGAGGCUGCCCCUGCCUUCGUCAUGAUCGGCGGUGCUUUCCUUGUCAGCAGUGUCCUCUUCGACACCUUCAAGCGCCUCACUCAGAACGGCAAGAGUCGCCGCUUCGGUAUCACCGACUUCGACUUCUACCUGAUGGAGCGUGACGUCCGCAUUACUGGCUCCACCUUCCACCAGCGCGAUAUCCUCGGCCGCCAGUUCUAAGCAUUGCUGAGCCCUCGUGCCAUUGUCCCGACUGCGCAACCACAUAUACACGUGCGCACAUGCGCCUCUCUCUUCCAUUCACAACAAUACACUCCAUGCCAAAUGCAA